UCUCUCACGUAAUAUAACUGAAUAUGUUCCAGUACUUGAGUUAUAUUUUAAUCACAUUUAUGGUUUGCGGUCUCUGUGGAGUCCAUGCAACUACGACGUGUCCUCCAUUGCCCACGUACGAUCCUUUACAUGAAAAAGGAGAAGUCUGUCUUGUGGAACUGGGGCCAGUCCUCGAGCAUAUUGCGAACAAAAAAGAACAACUUUGGAGCUCUGGUGACGAAGGCAAGCUGAAUGAAACCCGGAAACAACUGGUCAGGAUUGAAGGUCUGGAGGUGGAAACCAAGGACCAAUUGAAGGCGUUUCAGAAAAAGAUAGAAACCGAAUUGAAAGCUCUAGAGACGAAGAUGCCAACGACUAAGAUCGACUUUAAAGGCCUUGAGAUUCAAGUGCAGGAAGCACAGAAAGCUCUCCACCUUUCGAUGGAAGGGAUGAAAGUGAUUCGAAGAAAUGAGAUCCCGUACAUGUUCAAGAAGUUUGGCUACAGUUAUUAUUACAUAGAAAAGAAAGUCACUGCGGAUUGGUUUACGGCGACAAGCAACUGCCAUAAAAUGGGCGGUCACCUGGCGACACUCGAGAACGACGCGGAACUGAAUGCCAUCCAUAAGGAGGUCGACAUUAGGGAACGCAUCUGGUUGGGCAUCACCGACUUGGCCAAAUGGGGCGAUUGGGUUUCCCUGGCCACAGGUAAAACUCCAAUCUAUCUUAAGUGGGCCCCGCGAAAUCCUGAGGCGAAAAUUGACCAGCGAUGCAUAUACUUAGAAGGCGGAAUGAAGGAUGGAAGGUGCAACCAGACAUAUAUUUACAUAUGCGAAUAUUGAAUAUUUAUACCUUAACUCAAUCGAUUUUAUUAAAACA